AUGACAUCAAUUCAACAAUCAGUCACCAAAAAUGUCAAGAAUAUGUGCACAAGACUGGAAACUUCAAACCAUCAUCACCUUCUCAAUAUUUACCAAACUAUCGGUCAUGAAGAAACUGCCAGGAAAAGGUCAAAAAGCAUUCACGAUAUAGUGCCCAAAUCUGAGAACAUCAUGAAAAUCGACGAUCUACUCCGAGCCAGGGGGAUUAAAAGUCCCUCCUGCCAAGCAAUGCAAUGCAAUCUCUUCGUCAUUUAA